CUGUUUGCAAAUACCCUUUAUAAAAAAUGUCAACGAAUACUGUAAAAAUGCUCUAAUAGCGUAAUAUUGAUAUAGAAGUAUCCUGUUUUGAAGAUAAAUUACAAAUCUCACCAUCAAAAUAAAAUAAAGAAAAUUCACAUCUAUCUAAAUCUAAAACUUGUGAUAUCAGCGAUCUUGUUAGAUUGCUACAUAAGGUGGACAUUCAGAGUGCUAAUCAUGGAGACCAAAUGGAAUAGGAAUAAGACAGUACACCUAAAAAAUAAAUACAAUAAGGAAAAACCUGCAGGUAUAUUCCCUUGAGAAGUGGUCAAAAGUAGACUCUAAACGAGGAAUUUCAAUAUAGAGAGAUUGAGGAGGAGAAUCAAGAACCAUAAAAAGGUAGCGAUUACAAAGAGUAAGGAAAUGUUACACUGAAAGACAUCUAUAAGAUGCAUGUCCUUGGAUAACCAUUACAAACUGAAUAGCUAUAGUGGGAAUCAAAGAAUUUGUUGCGCUUUGCUGACAAUACUCCUUCAAAACGAAAAAUAUUGUCAGACAUAAAUCCAGCUGUCUUGGAAACUUACUAAAACCUAAUGGACUACAGAGAACAAUAUUAAACUAGUUAAGAUUAUCAAUUCAGCCAAAGAAAGAUUAGCAAAGUACCAUUUAAAGUGUUGGACGCUCCUCAAUUAUAAGAUGAUUUCUAUUUAAAUCUAAUAGAUUGGAGUUCUUAAAACGUACUAUCAGUGGCACUAUCCUCAUGUGUAUAUUUGUGGUCGGCUUAUAACAACAGAGUAACUAAAUUCUGUGAUUUCGGUAAUAAUGAUAUGGUUUGUUCAUUGAUAUGGAAUCCAUAAGGAAAUUAAUUAGCAAUAGGAACAGGCUCAGGAGAAGUGCAUAUUUAUGAUUAAGAGAAAAUGAAAAGAAUAUAAAUAUUGGAAGGACAUUCUGCUAGAGUUGGAUCUUUGGCAUGGAGUGGAAAUACUCUAUGUUCUGGUUCUAAAGAUAGAUCAAUAAUUCUACAUGAUCCAAGAUAAAAAAGACAGACUGGAAAAUUUGAAGGUCAUAAAUAAGAGGUUUGUGGAUUGAAAUGGUCACCUGAUGAAUAUCAAUUGGCAUCAGGUGGAAAUGAUAAUAAAUUGUUUGUUUGGAGAAUGGGAUCAUAAAUUCCAUUAGCUAAAUUUAAUUAACAUUAGGCUGCCGUAAAGGCUAUUGCCUGGUCACCCCAUAGACAUGGUUUAUUAUCUUCAGGCGGAGGAACUGCAGAUAGAACCAUUAGAUUUUUCAAUACACUAACCACUGAAUAAUUAGAUUGGAUCGACACUGGUUCCUAAGUGUGCAAUUUGAUGUUCAGUAAAAAUGUAAAUGAAUUCGUUUCAACUCAUGGUUACAGUAUGAAUUAAAUUGUAUGUUGGAAAUAUCCAGCCUUAUAAAAAGUUACUACUUUAAUGGGCCAUACUUCUAGAGUCCUAUUUUUGGCAAUGUCACCAGAUGGAGAAACUAUAGUGACUGGAGCUGGAGAUGAGACUUUGAGAUUUUGGAAUGCUUUCCCAAGAAAAGAAUAAGCUUAACCAAUCAAUACUGUUUUACUACCUUAGAUGAUUAGAUGA